AUGACUCGGAUACUCAAUGCAUUUUAUCCGGGCCCACUGACCAACUCCAUCAAGUCUCAACCCGAGAAAGCAUACCACACCGGCACCUUGUUUUCAUUGUAUCCAAUAUAUUUUGACGCCAUCGUAGAGUACAUCCAUGAUUGCCUGAACAACAUCAAUAAGUGCCCUGGCGGGCGUAGCAGCGACAAACAACAAUCCGCCGGAUACAACUCAAUUUACCUGUUGUCAAGUAUACUUUAA